UACCAAUACUGGCAAAAUUUGAUUUAAUGAAACAACACGGUUAACUUGAAUCAACAUGAAAUGCUGGGGGAAAAAAAUUUAAAUUCCAGUAAAAACGUUUGAAAGUGAAUAUUCCCGUGGUUUUAUUAACAAACAUAAAAACUGUCAAAUUACUACCUUGAAAGUGAUACACAUUUAGAUUAAAACAUUCACAAAUAAUAAAUAAGUAAAAGUAUGUAAAACAAUUAUACUAUGAGUGACCCAUAUUUUUAUCGUUUGGAUUAGCAUGAAAACUGUAAGGAGAUAGACAAAUGGUUAAACUAAAUACCACUACUGUGUAUCUGAAAAAUAUACUGUAUUAACAUAAAUGCCGUCACACUUCUACGAUUCCCUAAACGGUAUCUAUAACAAUUAAUUAAUAUAAACUAUGAUAUAAUGUUCAACGUUUUGUUUGAAACCAGACGUAUUAGUAUUUUGUGACACAAGUAGUUAUUUAUAAGCGACUACCCAAUGUAAAACGAAUUUCGAUUUUUUAGAAUUUUAAAGGAUUAAAAUAAUUCAAUUUUUAUUUUUUAUAAAAAUUAAAAAGUAUGAAAAUGAUUUUUAAUGUUUUCUUGGUGCUAUGCCAAGUGCUAAUUGUGCUGGCGGACACCUAUUCAAACGAUAAAGGGUUUUGCGUACAAAACAACAUGCACGUCGAACCGUCGUUCAUAAGGGAGUUGUGCAGAUCGAAUCCUCAUUUGGAAGAAUUCAUGGUCGCCGCCGAUAUUUUGAUAAGAUCUGAUUGCUAUUUAAUCGACUCGUGCAGAAGGGUAGUCGAGCAACCGAACGCGGACGAAGAAGAAGUCGAUUUCGUUGUGGUCGGAGGAGGAGUUGCAGGUCCUGUAAUAGCUGGGAGACUGUCGGAGAACCCGAACUGGACGGUGACCCUUUUGGAAUCUGGUCCGGAGCAGCCGGCGGCCACUGACAUACCGGCCCUGCUGAGCUCGGCGAUCUCGACGAAAUACGAUUGGAAAUAUAGUACGGUGCCGCAGAAGAACGCUUGUCUGGCUUACGGAGGGGUGUGCGGCUGGCCCCGGGGAAAGGUGCUGGGUGGAACCGCGGUUCUAUCGGGGUCGAUGUAUUCGAGGGGACACCGGUCCAUUUAUGACAGGUGGCUGAAGAACGGCAAUCCCGGGUGGGGUUACGACGACGUAUUGCCGUUUUUCAAGAUGUCCGAGAACAACAGAGACUACGGCACGAGCCAAGUACACGGGACGGGAGGCCCGAUUCCGGUGCAGAUGCCCACGGACGUGUUGCCGAUAUCACGGACGCUGAUCGAGGCGGGCAAAGAGCUGGGCUACGAGCAUAUAGACAUGAGCGAGGCGGACCCGAUGGGCUUCUCGCUGGCGCAGGCGAUGAUCAGCCCAGCGAGAACGCGCGUGACCAUGGCCACGGCAUAUCUGCGGCCGCACCUGAGGAGCCGCCGCAACCUCCGGGUGAAGAUCAACUGUCACGCGACCCGACUGCUGGUGAACGCGGCCACGCGGACGGUGUACGGCGUGGAGUACGUGGACCGGACGAACAACACGAGGAGGCUGCUAGUGCGGAAGGAGGUGAUCCUGAGCGCGGGUGUGAUCGGGUCGCCGCACUUACUCAUGGUGUCGGGCAUCGGGCCGGCGGAGGACUUGGCGCCGUUGGGUAUCCGGGUGGUGCAGGACCUGCGUGUGGGCUACAACCUGCAGCACCACGUGGCCAGCCGGCUGGGGUUCCGGCUGAACGUCACGCACGACCGGCAGUUGUCGUACGAGGCGUUGGGCCAGUACCUGAAGCUCAGGGCCGGUCCAUUGUCCACGACAGGUGGGCUGCAGGUAUCCGCGUUCCUGCGGUCUGACCGGGUGGGCCCCACCGACCCCGCUGAUGUACAGCUGUUCUUCGACGGGUUCGCGCCCAACUGCGCGUACGCGCAGCCCGCGUACGGAUGUACCGCGCCCGCCGAACUGGUCAGGAUGAACGUAAGGCCGGUGAACCUGAUGCCGCUAAGCCGGGGCACAAUACGGCUGGCUAGCGCGGACCCGUUCGUCCGGCCCAAAAUCGACCCCAACUACCUGGCUGAGGAUGCAGACGUCGAGCCGUUGGUGUGGGGCUUGAAGCUGGCCAGCCGGCUGAUACACACGCGCGCACUGCAGAAGCUGGGCGCCACGAUGGACACUACGGCGGCCGAGCACUGCCAGCAACAUACGUUCGCCACGGACCCGUACUGGCGGUGCCUGAUCAGGUAUCACACGCGGGGCGAGAACCAUCACGCGGGCACAUGCAAGAUGGGUCCGGCGUCCGAUCCUGGGGCGGUGGUCGACUCGCAGCUCAAGGUGCACAACGUCAACGGCAUCCGCGUGGUCGAUGCGUCCGUCCUGCCCCUGCAGCCCAACAGUAAUCCGAUCGCUCCAAUCGUCAUGGUUGCAGAAAAGGCGGCACGGUUCAUUAAAGACACGUGGAACCGUUAACGCGUAUCAACAGUAUUUCUCUUUUUCUCUUUAUCUCUCUUACUGCAGACCGCUCGCUUCCAAUAAUAAUUAUAAUACAGUCGAUCGAAUUUCACGAACACAUAAUAUUAAACAAUUUUUGUUAUCACUGCAUUUUAACACUGUAUUCCAGAAUAUACGUAUAUUAUAUGUAUGUAUAUAGUGAUCAUGUAUUACUAUAUUAUUGUGACGGUAUUCCUAUAUCCUAAUAUUAUGUAAUCAUCACUUGUAAUAAAUUUCGUUAUUUUGUAUGGA